AUGGAAAGCAACAUUACCAUUAAGCUUUUACUUCUCUUUUUCUGUGUAGGAUUUUCAGCAUCUGUGGACCAAAUGUUUGGAAGAAUGGAGAGAAGUUUCUUUGAGUUUUCUGAUCAAGAUCUGCUCCAGCGAAAUGGCCGACGAUAUGAUGGCAGUGUGAAGCCAAAACUUAACUUACAACAAUUAGCAAUUACACAGAUUGUGAAUUACAACGUAAGCAGCAAAGAGAAUUCGGAGAGAGAAUCUGUCAUCCACAGUCACUACAGCCCACUUAAUGUCACCGUCAAUGGAAGCCCCUGUAUUCUUUUCUGGGCCAGAAGAAUCAUGAUUAAAUUUCAGAAUCACACCCAGCUGGACCUAACAGACAAGACAUUUGGUGUGCACGCAACUGUAGAUGUUGCCGAUUCAAACUGCAGUGAAGAAAAUGCAAUGCUUUCACUCAAUUUCGGUGACAUUGACAAUCUGAAAGGAUUUAUUAUCAGAUUUAUGCUGACAAACAGUUACUACAAGCUGUCCAUUCAAAACUGGUUUACCUUACAUCGAAUCCAGCUCAUUUACAACCAUUCUGUACAAGCAACGUUCAAUGCAACACGAAUACACGCUCCAGCGAUCUACUCCUAUCACUGUGAACAUGUGAGCAACUUGCAGAGAUAUGAUGCACUGUUGACGCCUAGCUCUGCAAAUGAUGCAGCCAAGCUCUGGGAAGUCACUUUUAUUGACUUUCAGAUUCAAGGAUUUAACAUUGAAGACGGGCAGUUUGCUUAUGCGGAAGACUGUGCCUCCCUUUUCCCUCCAGCCAUUCUCAUGGGCCUGGUUAUGUCUCUGAUACUACUUCUUGUCCUCGCCUAUGCUCUCCACAUGCUGAUACACUUGAAGUCCCUAGACAGGCAUUACGAAUGCAAAGCUUCUCCUGCUUAUUUCCCACAGAUGAAAGAUAUUGAUACAGUGGAUGAAAAAGAGCCCCUGAGAAAUAAUGGGAUUGAAGCUUAUGAACUGAGAACCCAACAGUACUCCAAAAUCUAUAUUUAGUCACUGUCUUUGUUUUUUUCCAAGAUGAAACAGCAAACAUCUCCUGAGGGACUUUCACAUCCUGUGGACUCUUGUUAGACUUUUGAGCAUCUCAGCUUUCUGGUCCUCAUGACUGUGAGAGAAACAUGGAAGUGCUACAGCCGUGUGUCCUAAUUUCUCAGAAACUCAAAUGCCCAUCAAAAGAACACCAGCUGCAGCCAAGUCAAGAGCAUGUAUUAAAAAAUGAUUGUCUCAUAGCUAGGAGCAUUUUAGAGUAAUGGUACUAACAUGGUAUGGUCCUGUUCCUCUGAAUGUUCAUGUAACAAAAUGGGACUCACAUAUAGAUAACUGCCAAGACAUAGCCUCUAAAUGAAAAUAAAAUGCUGCAACUGAAGAUGCCCAAUGAAAGUGUAAUUUGGGUCAACAUUCUGCAAACAUUGCUUGCUGAAGGUUGCAGUCUUUUUUCGUCAUACACUGGAGGACUCUGAAUCACAGUUGUGUUUAAGAUUAAUUGGCCUAUGCUAUUAACAGAGGUCAAUAAAAACUGAUUUUCAGUUGAUGGAAAACUACCGAUCCUGGGAAUGAAUGAACCAGUUGCACUUGAUUUGAGCCAGCCAGUGUCCAUUUUUUCUGAUCCCAAGGACCAGAUCAACCUGGAUGUGUUUGGAAAGUCAUUUCUGGUCUGAAGAUCAACUCUGUUCAGCUUCAAAAAUCAGUAUUUUCUACCAAAUGGUGGGUGGGGGAAGUCACUUUAGAGGCUCCCAGGAACAGCAGUUCUCUCUUUUUUUAAGUUGAUUUUUUUAAAUGGAAGAAGGAUCUGGUGUGGUCUAGGAGGGGCCCAUGGACAGCAAGCUUCCCACCUCUGUUCUAAGCACAUGAAUGAGCAUCUCCCUUUCUGCCUCAUAUAAAUGGCUGCAACUGUGGUGUAAGAAAGAGAAUGUUCAUGGAUGAUCAAUCAAUGUGAAAACACCCACAUGACAGUAUCUGUUUACAUUACAGAAACCCAGUAUGUUGGCUAGCCAGCAUCCAGUGUACUUCUUAAGACAUUAUGCAAAUUGUGUCAGUUACAUCUCAAUAAGUGAUGCAGAUUUGCUGUGGAUCUCAUAUCUUGUGAUGCUUUUUUUCCAAGGGAGCCCUCAGUGCCGAGCUAGUUCCCACUGUUGUUGUAUCUCAGUGAAGUUAUAAGCACUUUCUAUUUGAUGUUCUGUUCUUCUCAUAUUUAGCUAACUGUUUUUUACUACAUGACUUCUCUGAUAAACAAUCAAAAGAUAUCUCUCUGUUGGCAUUAAUUUGAAAAUGUGUCACUGAGUAGAAGAUAAAAGAAAAAGAUCCCAGCAGGGAGGAAGAAAUAAGUUAGCAAAGAUUGCCUCUGAUACUGCAGAAGGAAAGCUCUUGUCUUCGCUGCCAAUUUACAAACCUUUGCACCUCACAUUGGAUAAUUAGGUCUUUGAAAAGCUGAAUAAACAUUCUUCAUAUGUGCAACUGUACCAAUAGUCCAGUGAUGGAAAGCUUUUCAGUUUUUUUCCAAAGAUGGAGGGGUCAAGAUCCUAGGGUCUCAAACUCUCAUACACCGGACGAUUGUAUGAAAGUUGUGAUGUUUCCAUUACUUGUACAGGGAGAUGUAUAGGACCUCAUUGUGCAAGUAGAAGUUAGUGUUCCUCAGUGGAGAUCACAGGUUGUGAAAUAGCAACACUUUCAUAGGCAACUCCGUUGUGUGUUGCUACUCCGGUGGGACUUUUUUGGCCAGCAAAAGAUCUUGGACUAGAGGUAAAAUUUUACUCUGGACACACAUCUCAUUGGAGAAUUUAUUUAAAAACCCAGAUGCAUAAUAUACUCCUCCUAAGUUAUUAUCAUUUUUUAAGUAAUAGUGGCACCUAAAAAUGAUAGAAAAGGCAUAGAAAAUGGUAACCCAAAUGCUGAAAGGGGUAGCGUAACAUUGGGGGCCUCUUGACCUUAGGAAAAGUCAACCUCAGGGAAAAAAGCCUGUCCAGGGUGUAUAGGUCACUAUCUGGGUCAUUGUUGGUAUGGUGCGAUGUGAACCACAUGUGUUUUUACUUAGAGGCUAGAGGCUUCUCGUUUUUGUUUUGUUGUACAAUUUAGCCUGCUCCCACUGUGUAGCCCGUAUGGAUAGCUAGUUCUCACCCCAAUGGAGCUGUGUGCAUUGUUAACUGAGGAGACAACUCUGUGACAUAUUAGAUGGGUUGUGACAUUAAAAGGGAGAACGGGGAAACUCCCCCC